GUCAGAACGCCGCAUCUUUUUUCAGUCACAAUGCAAUUUUUGUGUUUUUAGUAUAUAUUUUUUUCCAAUUAAUUCCAAUUAAAUCCGGAAGCGUGCAUGCAUGUGAAUUAUAGUUAUUAUUGUACUUGUGAAAAUGUCCUAAAUCUUUCACGUUAGGCUUUUCUUUCGCUAUUCAUGGAAACCAUUUUAUUCGCUUUUCUGUGACGUUCUCUACAUUCUGGUUGUUGGUCGGGCUGUCCAGGCGCAGGUCACCGAGUAAAAUUUUAUCAACUUCGUGUGAGGGUAUCAAUAUUUUCAACAAGCCCUAAAAUACCCCUAACUCGGUGCUUUCAUCGUCAAACCAGUGAUUACCCUCGUCACUCCACUUGGACAUCUCGCUUGCUUCAGAUAAGCAGAACAAGCUUAUACCAUAAACAUGUCUGAACAAGCAUAUCAGUCACCAGCUACUCCUGACAGCAGCCUGAGCACACCAGAACCACAGAGGACGGGCUCCUGGAAGACGCCCAUACAAAUCCUGUAUGAACAUGGAGUCGUUAGUGGUGAUCUCCCCGUGUUUGUGAUGGAGAAAGCAGAAGGAGAGGCUCAUCAGCCCAGCUUCGUCUUCAGUGUGACAAUAGGAGGCAUUAAAUGUACAGGUCAGGGCCCCAGUAAAAAGGCAGCUAAGCAGCAGGCUGCAGAGGCCGCACUGAAAAUUUUGAACAUUGACUCCGAAAGUGGGGCCGUUCCUGGGAGGUCCAACACUAAUGGCGUCGUAGCAGAACCAAACAACCCUGUGGGCCUGCUGCAGGCCCUGGCGUUGCAGAGAAGAUGGCGCGUUCCUGAGUACAUUAUGUUAACAGAGUGCGGGCCGCCGCACCGAAAAGAGUUCACAAUAAUCUGUAGACUGGAGUCGCUCACAGAACAGGGGGUUGGAAACACCAAAAAAGCAGCAAAAAAGGAAGCAGCAGAGAAAAUGGUGGCGAAGCUUCAGAGUUUAUCGGGAUCCUCUGAGAUCACAUGGAUUCCUAAUCCGACCGUUUGCUUUGAGAACAUCAGGAACUCCACAGCAGAGAAGAUCUCUCUACUCAGGAGAAACCCUCUGAGCAUUCCCAACACCGACUACAUUCAGAUGCUGCUAGAUUUCUCCAAAGAGCAAGGCUUUGAGGUCACAUACUUUGACAUAGAUGAGCUGACGGUGAACGGUCAGUACCAGUGCCUGGCAGAGCUGUCCACCUCCCCCGUCACCGUGUGCCACGGCACCGGCAUCUCCUGCAGCAACGCCCACAACGACGCAGCGCACAGCGCCCUCCAGUACAUGAAGAUCAUGGCUUCCAGCAAAUGAAAGUCCCACCUGCACCACUUGAUUCUCUACCUGACACCAUCAUCUGUACUCAUCUGUGUCACCGAGCAGCUCCACAUGAUUUCUGCUGAUUUUAUUGGAACUGAUGAGAUGAAAAGAGCCAAAACUUUUAGCAUAGGCGGGUUUAUCAUGGUGCUUUUAAGAGGCUUCAACUAUCCAGAAUAUUUAAGCAAAUGUUAAGUAAGAGCAACGACUUAGCUUUUUAACUUACCUUGAACUAAUCAUGCUUUGUUCGUUUAGAUUUUACACUUCUGGCUCAGUUCUUUCACUUGCUUUACAGACAGGAGGCAAGUUACUUUAAUUUCCAGUUAGUUUUUUUUGUUUGUUUGUUUUUUUACUGCCAUCACAAAAAAUUAUGUAUCAGAAGUUAUAGUUUGACUGUUUGGAAUGUUUCCAUUUAAAUCCACCCCAGAAAUUCAGUUUGUAAACAGUGGAUCCAGAAAGUGUUCACAGUGCUUCCCUUUUUCCACAUUUUAUGUCUCUUUUCUCAAAAUCCUCUGCCCUUCUCCCUCGACCGCUCAGUUUAAAGGGCCAGCCAGCCCUGAAUCCUUCUUCCAUUUACCAAUGAUGGAGACUAGUGAGCUCUUUGGGACCUUCACCAGAUCUGAGCCUCAAGACAAUUCUUUUGAUUUCAUUCUUUGCGUUUGACCUCUGACCUGCACUAUUAAUUGUGGAACCGUAUAUAGAUGCAGGUGCCUUUCAAAAUCAGGUCCAAUCAGCUGUAUUUGCCACAGGGGGACUCAAUUUAAGCUGCAGAAUCAUCAAAAUUUUGAGCUUCAUAGCAAAGGCUCUGAAAACUUACAGUGGGGCAAAAAAGUAUUUAGUCAGCCACUAAUUGUGCAAGUUCUCCCACUUAAAAAGAUGAGAGAGGCCUGCAAUUUUCAUCAUAGAUAUACCUCAACUAUGAGACAAAAGGAAAAAAAAAAUCCAGAAAAUCACAUUGUCUGAUUUUUAAAGAAUUUAUUUGCAAAAUAUGGUGGAAAAUAAGUAUUUGGUCAAUAACAAAAGUUCAUCUCAAUACUUUGUUAUAUAGCCUUUGUUGGCAAUGACAGAGAUCAAACGUUUUCUGUAAGUCUUCACAAGGUUUUCACACACUGUUGCUGGUAUUUUGGCCCAUUCCUCCAUGCAGAUCUCCUUUAGAGCAGUGAUGUUCUGGGGCUGUUGCUGGGCAACACGGACUUUCAACUCCCUCCAAAGAUUUUCUAUGGGGUUGAGAUCUGGAGACUGGCUAGGCCACUCCAGAACCUUGAAAUGCUUCUUACGAAGCCACUCCUUCGUUACCAGGACGGUGUGUUUGGGAUCAUUGUCAUGCUGAAAGACCCAGCCACGUUUCAUCUUCAAUUUGACGAUACAUGGCCCCAUUCAUUCUUUCCUUCACACGGAUCAGUCGUCCUGGUCCCUUAGCAGAAAAACAGCCCCAAAGCAUGAUGUUUCCACCCCCGUGCUUCACAGUAGGUAUGGUGUUCUUUGGAUGCAACUCAGCAUUCUCUCUCCUCCAAACACGACGAGUAGAGUUUUUACCAAAAAGUUCUAUUUUGGUUUCAUCUGACCAUAUGAUAUUCUCCCAGUCAUCUUCUGGAUCAUCCAAAUGCUCUCUAGCAAACUUGAGACGGGCCUUGACAUGUACUGGCUUAAGCAGGGGGACACGUCUGGCACUGCAGGAUUUGAGUCCCUGGCGGCGUAGUGUGUUACUGAAGGUAGCCUUUGUUACUUUGGUCCCAGCUCUCUGCAGGUCAUUCACCAGGUUCCCCCGUGUGGUUCUGGGAUUUUUGCUCACCGUUCUUGUGAUCAUUUUGACCCCACGGGGUGAGAUCUUGCUUGGAGCCCCAGAUCGAGGGAGAUUAUCAGUGGUCUUGUAUGUGUUCCAUUUUCUAAUAAUUGAUCCCACAGUUGAUUUCUUCACACCAAGCUGUUUACCUAUUGCAGAUUCAGACUUCCCAGCCUGGUGCAGGUCUAUAAUUUUGUUUCUGGUGUCCUUUGACAGCUCUCUAGUUUUGGCCAUGGUGGAGUUUAGAGUGAGAUUGUGGACAGGUGUCUUUUAUACUGAUAACGGGUUCAAACAGGUGCUAUUAAUACAGGUA